GUUGCCCCCGCGCGGCGGCACUUGUGGUCGGGCUGCGCGGACGCUUCGCUCCCUCGUUCUGUCUUGGUUUAAAUCCCGCCGUCGUUCCCGAGCCUGACGUGCGGCAUUCUUGCCCCGGGGCGCUGCUAUGAAGCACCUGCCGUAUUUCUGCCGCGGGGAGGUGGUGCGGGGCUUCGGCCGAGGCUCCAAGGAGCUGGGCAUCCCCACAGCAAACUUUUCUGAGGAAGUGGUUGAUAGUUUCCCACCUGAUAUCUCUACUGGCAUAUACUAUGGAUGGGCUUGUGUUGGAAGUGGUGAUGUGCAUAAAAUGGUCUUGAGUAUAGGCUGGAAUCCAUAUUACAAAAAUGUUAAGAAAUCAGUGGAAACACACAUUAUUCACACAUUCAAGGAGGACUUCUAUGGAGAACUACUUAGUAUAAUCAUUGUUGGAUACAUAAGACCAGAAAAGAACUUUGAUUCUUUAGAUGCACUCAUAGCAGCUAUUCAAAGUGACAUUGAAGAAGCUAAAAAAACUCUAGACUUGCCAGAACAUCAGAAAUUAAAAGAUGACAACUUCUUUCACACUGCUAAUGUUAGCAGUAUGGCUAAUGGUCAUUAAUGCUACUUCCUUCAUUUUUAUUUUAACUGUUCAAAUUGCACUAAUCUUUUAAUGGUUGUCAUUCUUUGGAGAAAAAUGUUCUGACCAAUAUUUCUGUGGUUUAGGAUUUUUAUUUGUAUUAGCAUUGGGUUAAAAUGGUAGCCAAAUGAGCUCUGAAGGAACACUACUCAUUUUUUUUUAAAAAAAAUCAUCAGAUUGUAACCAGACAAGAUAGAAACAAAGGUUUUGCCAUGUGCAAUACAGUGUGUGCAGACUCAUCUGUUACUGCUAGUCAGUUCCCUAGAUUCAGAGAAUACAAGUAAUUUCUAAAUAUUUCUAAUGAUAGUUAUUUGGUCUUUAACUGAAAUUCAUUUUCUGAUUUUAAAUGUUAAAGCAAUCAUGCUAGAUGUUCUUGUAGUGAGUAAAAUCCAGUGGAAAGGUAAAGGUGGUUGAAUAGUUUUUACAAUCUUGUACAACAAAACUAACUUUUUGGAUGCUUGGUGUUUAAUUGUCAUUAAAAGUGAGUUGAAUCCUAACAGUUAAAUCAUUUUUAGUUCUAUUAAAAUGAGACUUAUUUAAAUGGGACUAAAGCAUGACUUCCUCUUGAUUCAACACAGUAUUUCUAGCUAUCAAUAAAGCUUAUUGCUCUUGCUUCUAAUAUAGGGUACAGAGGCCCUGAUUUCAAGAGAGGCAUUUGAAUCCAGAUUUGUAACACAAAUCUUUCUAAAUCAUAUUUUUCUUGAAUAUAAAAUUAUAAAAACUAUACUGCUAAGACUUUUCUCACUAACUUUACUUGGUGUACCUUUGCUGUUGCGAAAUACAUUCUAAUCUGAUGAAUGAAAUGUUUAAUAGUGAUCUGCCCCUUUAACCCACUUGGAAGAAGCUGUGAUGAACACAUAGGGCCUAUGUAGCUGCUAUAUAAGUGUAGCAGUUUUCUCUUGGUGCCACAUUUUUGUGUGCACAAGCACUAAUUACCCACGGUGCCCAAUUAUGAAAUUUGAUUGGCUGUAGCUUGUAUUCAUAACUUGUUUUUGGAACCUUCAUGAUAUCUGUGGGUAUAUAACAAGGGAUAUAUUCAUCCCAGGCAAAACUAGUUUUAGUUUGUUUGUUUUAACAACACCAGUUGUUAUCAAAUUGUGUAUUUCAUUCUGGUCAUGACUAAAAAUUCUCCAAUGAUAUUUUAGGCUGCUUAACAAAAUGGGGUGUUGGAACAUAAAAUUCUGUUUAGUAAUGCAGUAGUUUUGUAGGUACAAUUUGUGUGUGGAAAGUGGGAUUGCUAUGGGAAGUCCUGCCAUACCUAUCUAUGUUUCAGCACUGAAAUGUACACACAAUUGAGAAUUACAAUUUUUCCAGGGUUCCUGAGCCAUUUUUUUUGUCCACAUGUAUACUGCUCAUAUAUAUGUAGACACAUUGCAUAAAUGUAAAGGAAUGCAUAGGGACGAGAACAUACCACUGCAAUAGCUUUGUUCCCCAUAUGCUUUUUAUACACAUUCACUGUGGUAAACAUACCUGUGUGUCUCAUUGGAGAAUUUCCCCCCUGUGCUGCUGAUUUGUAAGAAAACUUAAGUUCUCCUCCCUCUUUUUAAUUUUUUUCUGCAUCCUCAUCUGAAAGUUGCAGUUAGCUUAAAUGCCAGGCUCCUAUUAUUUUUGUCUUUAGUAAUGGUACCCACAUUCUCAUUCAUCCAUUACAUUUCUUUUAACACCCAGUAGCCAAAGAUCUCUGGGAGGUUCACAACAUGUUAAAACAUAAUAUAAAAACAGUAACAUUUUCCUUCCACCCCAAUCUACCCACAAGAGGGUAGAUCUACUCACAUUUUAGAUUGGCUUAUUAGCCAGCCAUAAUUUGGGGCUGCCACUGAUUCCUCUAAGUUCUUUCUGUGUCAGAGAAUAUCUCGUACCACAUAAGCUGCUGACUUGUAGCAGCAAGUCUCAUGCUGUUCCUCUCAGCUCCAAGGCUCAGAGUGUAAAGUGUGAAACCCUUUCUUUUCUCCUUAACUUGUGUGGAGAGAUACACUCUUUCAUAACAUAGGAUUUGAAACUAGCAAAAGUGCUUCUGUGUGCUGCGAAGUUCACAAAGGUGCCUGAGAAAUAUUUUUCCUGACUCUGGAGAAGAGAGAUGAAACCUAAUGCUGUUGAGCACAGGGCUGGGAUAAUUGCCCCAGGCAAGCAGUUUUGUGGAGUCUCACACAAAUUUUUAGAAAUGUUAGCAGUUGGAAGUAAACAUAGUCUGUUACCAGCAUCAUAUCAUGAUCAGAAGUGUCUGUGGUCUUGAAAAUGUUGCCUAUGUGUGUUUGCCAAUUUUGUUGUCUUAUUUUAGACUGUUGUUGUCUUAGAAUGCUAUAAAUUGGUGCCUUUUGAUAGGGUUUACUUUAUGAAAUGGAAACACUAGUCUAAGAAUCAUUAUAUGUAUUUGGAUUAUUCUUUAAGAGAAUGCAGUAGUAGCGAAGUACUUUUUAGUAAAUGGCACUAAAGUGUAAUCCCAAAAUAAAGGUUAUUGAUUAGCCCUGAUAAAAAUAUUGGUAUAUGAAAUCAAAUGAAUAUUUAUUAAAAAUGGUCUCUUUAUAUUCUUGUAUUUAAGGCAAAUUAUUCAUGUUAAACCUGUCACUGUCAUUUUAUUACAGGUUUUAUUUUUAUAUUCAUUUCAACAAAUAAAGUACAGAAAAUGUG